AACUGAUCACUUCCCAUAACCGCAAAAAUGGCAUUUGGAAAGCUCUACACCUCCGAGGGAAACCCAAGGUCCACUGCCAUCCAGGCGGUUGCUCUGGCCAACAACAUCGAACUUGAGAUUGUCAACGAGGAUCCUAGACAGGGUGUCUCCGAUGAAUAUCUCAAGAUCAACGCUCUGGGCAAGAUCCCAACCUUCGUUGGUGCCGAUGGCUUUGUCCUCUCCGAGUGCAUCGCCAUUGCCAUCUACAUCACCUCCCAGAACGAGAAGACCACCCUUCUUGGCAAGACCAAGCAGGACUAUGCUUCUAUCUUGAAGUGGAUGUCGUUUUUCAACUCCGAGGUUCUCCCAAGCCUUGGCAGCUGGUUCCAGCCUCUCCAGGGACGUGUCCCAUACAACAAGAAGAACGUUGAAGAUGCCCAGAAGAAGGUUCUCCAGGUUGUCUCUGUCAUUGAGGCCCACCUUGCCAACAACACCUACCUCUCUGGCGAGCGCAUCACUCUGGCCGAUCUCUUCGGCACUGCUCUCAUCUCCCGUGGCUUCCAGUUCUUCUUCGACAAGGCCUGGCGCGCGGAGUACCCCAACGUCACCCGUUGGUACGAGACCGUCUACAACCAGCCAAUCUACACCAACGUUGCUGGUGAGCUUAACUUCAUUGAUGAGCCAACCCUGAAGAACGUCGCCCCAAAGAAGGCUGAGUCUGCCCCUAAGGCACCAAAGGCCGCUGCUAAGCCCAAGGCUAAGGAGGUUGAUGACGAGGAGGAUGAGCCAGUGGUUGAGGCCCCCAAGGCCAAGCACCCUUGCGAGGCUCUCGCCAAGCCCACUAUUCCCAUUGAUGAGUGGAAGCGUCAGUACUCCAACCUCGACACUCCAGUUGCCCUCAAGUGGUUCUGGGAGAACUACAACCCUGAGGAGUACUCCCUCUGGGCUGUCGAUUACAAGUACAACGACGAGUUGACCCAGGUCUUCAUGACCGCCAACUUGAUCGGUGGAUUCUUCACUCGUCUUGAGGCUUCGCGCAAGUACAUUUUCGGCUGUGCUUCGGUGUACGGCACUGCCAACGACUCCGUGAUCAAGGGUGCCUUCCUCAUUCGUGGCCAGGAUGCUUUCCCUUGCUUCAAUGUCGCUCCUGACUACGAGAGCUACCAGUUCACCAAGCUUGAUGCUUCCAAGCCUGAGGACCGCGAGUUCGUCAACGAGCAGUGGACCUGGGAGAAGCCCGUUGUCGUCAACGGCAAGGAGUACCCAUGGGCCGACGGAAAGGUCUUCAAGUAGACAUAUCGCAAGUAAUUUUGUUGACUUGUCAAUGAUUGUAGCUUAGACUACUUUUAUGACGCAAUGCUAUACACAAUUAUGAAUCAUGG